AGAUGUGGCGCAACGCAAUUUAGCGUUCCUGUAUGAUUACGCGUAGUAACCAUUAUAAAUUUAUUAGGGGUUUCGUGUUUUGGUUCCGACUUGCAAUCCGACAUCUGGCAUCCUAUAUUUGUACCGACGAAUCCGACAUCAUGAACCUGACGAUCCGCCGAUCCGCCAUUUUGAAAGUAGAAACUCAAGAUCGUUUACGUCAAAGCUCAAAAAUUUAGGUGACAGGAUAGAAAAAUAACAUUGCAAUUGCUGUAUUUUCCGUUUGAAAUACUAUAUUUAGAGAAAUUAAAAGCAAUUUAGUACAUAAUAUUAUGUACUUUCUAGUUUGAUUUUACUGAUAAUGGUGAUAACGUUUUACAUCAUGAAGGUGAACAAGAAAAGAAUUAAUAUGGAAGAGUACUACAGUGGUUUACAGAACAUGCCUUUACCCGUGUUUAGUAAACAUAUAAAGCGUCAAACGCACUGUAGGGUUUGUCUGCAGAAUGGGGAUAUGCCGAUUACCAGCGUCACAAAUCCUCAAGAGUUAAAGGAAGCCCUUACUAUUUUUGGGGGCAUAAUAUUCAAUGACGACGAUGAAAAGGCGGUAUACCUGUGCUAUGUUUGCUACAAGUUUCUAAAGAGUGCUGUUUUAUUCAAGAAAGUUGCGCAACGAUCGAACGAAACAUUAAAGCAACCUCUAUUAAAACAAUCGCCCGGCCAUUUCCAAGAUUAUGACUAUUCGGGUACAUAUGACGAUGGAAAGUCAAGUCAGGUGUAUGCAACUGAUGAUUUUCUAUGUAAACAAGAGCCCUUAGAAGUUGACACCAAGGUACAGUGUCCCAUAUGUAAAAAAGUUGUCAAUAAAUCUUAUUACUACAAGACCCAUUUGAAACUUCACAAUCCAAAUCUACCUGAACCGUACGUGUGCGACAUUUGUGGUAAAUCAUUCAAGAUAAAAAACGUUUAUACUAAUCAUAGAGUGCGGCACGAAACUAGAUUCAUUUACAAAUGUGAAUUAUGUCCAUAUGCUGGUCGGUACAAAGAAAGGCUCUCGAGACAUAUGAGAGUACAUACUGGUGACUUGAAAUACCUGUGCACACAAUGCCCGGCUAGAUAUAUAUCUAAAGGCAGUUUGAGUGAUCAUAUUAAGCUAAAGCACACGGAACCACAAUUUAAAUGUGAUUCUUGCAACAAGGCAUAUCAUAGCAAUUUGGUUCUACAAAGACAUAUUGAUGCAUCACAUUUGAGAAUAAAGAAACAUGAAUGUAACAUAUGCGGCUCUGCGUACGGCUACAGGCAUGACUUGUUGAAGCAUCAAAUUAAGGUGCACAAGAGAGCUGUGUUGAGGCAUCGUUUCCGUAUAACAGCUAACAAAGACACGGAGAACAACAGUGCAGAAUGAAUAUUUUAAAUAU